AGAGGAUCUGCUGGAGUUGCUGCUCGAUUGCUUUGGAAAAGUCGUGCUUUGAAAACAAUCCACCUACCCCCACGACGUAAUUUAAUUGUAAAUGGACUGAAAGGUGUCAGAUAUUUUUGGACAAGAAUCCGUUCAGUCUCGCUUCUGCUUCGAGUCGUUCGGAUGCACUUUGAAACUUUGAGGCCUGCUAAGGUUAGCCUAGCCUAGUUUAGCAGCUAACAAAGAGAAACAACGCGCCUGGGAUAAACACGUCGCCGAGCAAGCAAUCGUCAAGUCCCAAAAUGUCAGAUGUCAGUCAAGCGCAUUGUCCUGAACGCCUGGAGUCUGUUCGCAUGAAACAAGCGGAAGAGUCACCAUACAUCAAGAAGGUGGAGGAAGAAUUUGUCCACAUUAAAGAGGAGCAGGAGGAGUACUUCAUUAGACUACAGAACCCCCACAUUAAGGAAGAGCAGCAACCUCAUCCCCUCAAAAAGGAGGAGGUGGACCCCCCAUAUGUUAAAGUGGAGGUGGUGAACAUCCCCAAGUGGACUAGUGAGCCCUUAAAGGGUGGAGAUGGAGGUCCGAGUGAAGCCAGCAGUUGGACGGAGCCUCCAAAUGGCAGCAGCAGCAGCAGCAGUUCAAAAGAAGGGUCCCAAGCAGACAACCUCAUUGCUCGACCAUCAGAGAGUGACGACUUCACAUCACACUCGCUGCUCUGUUUCAGAAAAUAUCUUGGUGCUGAGCCAGAAUCUCCUGGUGUAAAAGAGGAUGCUGAGCUCCCCCACAUCAAAGAGGAGCCAAAGCCCUGUCAACAAAAGCAACUUCCAAUCAAAAAGGAAGAGGAGGAGCUGCCAUAUGGUAAAGAGGAGGAGGAGCAUAUCACCAGGUGGACUGGUGAUCCCUUGAAGAGUGAAGAUGGUCUGAGUGAGGCCGGCAGAGGGGCGGAGCCUCCAAGCGGCAGCAGCUCAACAGAAGGAUUGCAAGCAGACAUUUUCAUCGCUCCAUCAGACAGAGAUGGCGCCACGUCACACUCACCUUACGAUGAUGAUGGUCAUAAGACAUCUCACGGUGAUGACAAACUCAGCAAAUGCUCUCAGUGUGGGAAAACCUUUGCUAAUAAGUAUAAUUGUCGGAUGCAUAUGAGGAGCCACACUGGUGAAAAGCCUUUUUCCUGCUCGGUUUGUGGAAAAGGUUUUGUUUCGGUGGGAAACCUAAAACAACACACAAGAACCCACACUGGCGAAAAACCUUUUUUCUGCUUGGUUUGUGAUCAAAGAUUUGCUUGGAAGCAACAUUUAAAAGAUCACACAAGAACCCACACUUGCGAAAAACCUUUUGCAUGCUCAAUUUGUGGUCAAAGAUUCAUUCUAAAGCAACACUUAAAAACACAUGCAAGAACCCACACUGGUGAAAAGCUUUUUUCCUGCUCAGUUUGUGGAAAAUGUUUUGUUCAGUCGGGAGACUUAGCAACACACACAAAAACCCACUCUGGUGAAAAAGCUUUUUCCUGCUCAGUUUGUGGAAAAUGUUUUGUUCAGUCGGGAGACUUAACAAGACACACAAAAACCCACACUGGUGAAAAAGCUUUUUCCUGCACAGUUUGUGAUCAAAGAUUCGCUCAGAAGCAACACUUAAAACGACACAUAAGAACCCACACUGGUGAAAAGCCUUUUUCCUGCUCAGUUUGUGGAAAAGGUUUUGUCCAAGCGGGAGACUUAACAAAACACACAAGAACCCACACUGGCGAAAAACCUUUUUCCUGCUCAGUUUGUGGAAAAUGUUUCGCUCAAAAGGAACACUUAAACGAACACACAAGAACCCACACUGGCGAAAAACCUUUUUCCUGCUCAGUUUGUGGAAAAUGUUUUGUUAAGUCGGGAGACUUAUCAAAACACACAAAAACCCACACUGGUGAAAAAGCUUUUUCCUGCUCAGUUUGUGAACGAAGAUUCGCUCAGAAGCAACACUUACAACAACACAUAAGAACACACACUGGCGAAAAACCUUUUUCCUGCCCAGUUUGUGCUCGUCAAUUCACUCAGAAGCAACAGUUAAAAACGCACACAAGAACCCACACUGGCGAAAAACCUUUUUCCUGCUCAGUUUGCGGUCAAGGUUUCGCUCAAAAGGAACACUUAAACGAACACACGAGAACCCACACUGGCGAAAAACCUUUUUCCUGCCCAGUUUGUGAUAAAAGAUUCAGUGACAAGACCACCUUAAAAAAACACUCAAGAACCCACACUGGCGAAAAACCUUUUCCAUGCUCGGUUUGUGGUCAAAGAUUCAGUCGAAAGUACACCUUAAAACGACACACAAGAACCCACACUGGCGAAAAACCUUUUUCCUGCUCAGUUUGUGGUCGAGGUUUUGCUGCAAAGAUAAGCAUACAAAAACACAUAAGAACCCACACUGGCGAAAAACCUUUAGGUUAGGUUAGGGUUGGGGGGUUACGUUCGUUGCGUUACGUGUUUUACCUUUUCUGGCCAUCAACGUCUUUGCUUUGGUUCUCUCGCCGACUGGCAUCAUUUAUAUCAUAAUCUCCAAUUAAAACUACAAUUUUCACAUUUAAUAUUUGAAACCGCAGACCCCAAAUUCCAAAAACUCAGUCAUUCAUAGAUAUUGUCAUUAAAUAGAUAUGGACAUUUAGAAUAAAUUGUUCAAUAUUGCAAAAAAAAAAAAAAAAAAAAAACCCUGGCUCACAAAUGAGUUUUGUGUGGGGGUUAAUGUAAAUAUAUAUAUGUAUAUAUAUAUAUAUACAUAUAUAUAUAUAUAUACACAGGGGUCGCGUUAACCGAAUAUUUUCCGUCGUUGACCGAUUUUUUAAAACGGUGACGGAAAAAACAAGUCCAUCCGUCAUUUUGACAGGUUGCAAUUCACACCCCAGACCACAAGGUGACGAGUGGGCAUAUUAAUUAGCUAUUGUCUCUCUUGAUGCAUGACGUCGUUGGCUUUACUCUGAAAAAUGUCAAGGCAACUGAGUGUCCGAAGUUUCUUCAAAAAGCCCCAAAACGACAAUGGUGUUGAUAAAAGAGGUGAAAAAACAGGAACUGCACAAGCGGGCACGCAAUUCAAGUCCAUGCGCACCAGGAGGAAGACUGCGUUCAGGCCACAGCAGGUGAACCAUUAAUUUUAUUGUUCCGUACCUACCUGGGCCACAGUCAGCUGUUUUUGUCACUGCGGAGAAAAAGUUACAUAUUCAUCUGCUUGAUGUGUGAUGGCACGGUGUGGAUUCUCUGUUAAGCUUGUUGGGACAGAAUAUUAAUUUGAAUGAAAACUAAAUACUAGGGAUGGGACGAAAUGGGCCGAGGUUCCGAAGCUUGUGUCGAGUAAUGGGAGGGGUGUUUCCACGAAGCUUGUAGCGAGGCGCGCGUCAUUUCGGCAGAACCCGGAAAUGAUGUCGUGAGAAGCCUCGCCGGCCGGCUGAAUCUAAUUAACGCUUCAGAAGUGAUCCGACGUUCGGCGCGCAUUGCAAACACAGUAGGCUACAGACUGCGGUAUACAUUGGUUGCAAAAUGCAAUGGCGAUCGCCUGUUAUCUCACAUUUUGUGCAUUUCGGGCUCCUGUACUUGUUACAUGAUCUGUGCGCAACAGUGCAAUCUUUUUUCGAGCCUUGUCCUUUGCUUGUGAUGGAAACUGCGCAAAAAAAGCGACCCUCCGCUGUAUGGGAACAUUUUCAUUUGCUCGCUUUCAAUAAGGUAAGGGAAAAGAACUACAUUAAUAUAAAUGUGAGUGUGUGUACCUAUCUGAACCAAACAUCAACAGAAUGAACAAUCCAUUAGUGUACUGGGAGGCACAAAAGAAUACCUACCCAAAUUUAUAUAAACUGGCACUCACAUUUAUCUGCACCCCAGCUUCAUCUGUGCCUUGUGAAAGAAUAUUUUCUCAAGCUGGUGAAAUAUUGUCCAAAAAAAGAAACCGUUUAAAGCCAGCCACUGUGGGAAAGCUAUUAUUUCUCAACAAAAAUGAAUAACAAAUUAUCCUUAGCACUUGUUGUAUUUUGUUCACAUACUAAAUUUCUAACAUAAGCACAUUCAUAUCUUUGUCAUAAUGAAAUAACCAUUGAAUUCUUAACAAUUGCCACGUUUACAUGGAGCCAAAUAUUCCAAUCGGUCUUUGUCAGUCACGUGCCCAAACUAGCGGACACGCCCCCAUGCGCCAUUUUGAGUGUAUCACGGAUGUAAACAAACCAGAACAGGAGUCGCUCCGACGCCACAUUACUGUCUCCAACUUCAUGGCUGGAUAUAAAAAAGUCCCUCGUUUACAGAAUCAGUGCUUACAUUUUAAAAACUAUAAAUCUCUCGAAGCUCACGGACAUUUAACGAAUGGCUCGGUGCAGCAUCUUCGCAUUUCGACUGCAGGACUGCGACAACACAGUCGUCACUCGUUGCUACUCUCAGAAACAUGAUACAGCUCUUAUUUGAACAUCCUUGAACUUGAAUUGUACCUUGAAUAUCAUCUUAAACAUCACAUGACUAAAACAGGUGAAGGAACUGUCAUAAUGACAUGCAAAUUCAUGUAUAUUGCACAAUAUAUUGUUUCAGUGUUGACAUUGCCAUGCAAAGAUGUGCAAUUCUCUCAAUGCAGGACUUAUCAUGUGAAGUGGGACAAAUUUACUUGAACACGUUAUUCUACAACUAGUGUUAUUUUACUUCAUAUGCACAUUUUAUAUUUCCUUGUAUAGCUAUUUUCUGUUUACCAUUGUGCUGCUGCUGUGUUUUGAGAAUUUUAGUAAAAAUUAUAAAUCCAAAAAAAGUAAACCUGUCAAACAUCUCGUUUUGUUAGCAAACAUUGUAUUUCCUGUUCAGUGUUUAUCUCCACAAAAUUGUUUGAAUGUAAUUAGUAAAAAAAAAAAAAAAAGUUCUUUUCAUUAUCAAAACCAACACUAGUGUUUUACGUACCUAAGAGAGGCAAGGAGUCAAGACUUCAAAAUUGUCACUGACAUACUUUAUUAAACAGGUUUAAGUCCUCUGCAAACGUAUAAAAAAAAACUUUGUACAAACACGACGAAAAGAAAAUUGUACUAUACUACUGUUGGGCAAUGGCUUAUCAGGGCACAGCAGAAAGUGACCUUAUCCAACAUUGUGGCUUCUUCACCUUCACAUGGAAGAAUCAUGUUUAUGGGUAUGGUUCCUGUUAAGGUCUUAAACUUCUGACAAACAUUUCCGAUGACCCUUUCAACAUGGAUUCUCAAAUGUGCUGACAGCGGCCUUUUGUAAAUGCUGGGAGUUUGACAUCUGAACACUACAUGCCCACACAUUCUUGUAUGUCAAAACCUCUGUCAGCCAAGACAAUGUCCCCAGGUAACAAAUUAUCCAAAAAAAAAAUCACUGUUCAGGGUUAUAUGUCACUUGUACGCCCUCCCCAGCCUUUUGAUAAGAAACAAAUGGCUCCCUUGGGUGUAAUACAUAUUAAAUACUUCAUAGUGUGGUGGUGCUUGUAGCUGGAGAACAUUUGGGCACGUGCUUCCAGAUUUGAUGGGUUUUCUGUGAAAAUUUCAAAACGGUCAAUAAUCACAGUCUGUGUCACAUCCUGAUUGGUGUUGUGCGUCUCAUCCUCUGUGAUUAGCUGAUCACCUUCUUCUCCAGCUUCAUGUGUCCCCUCUUCAGUCUGUAGCUGACCAAUUUCUUCUCCAGCGUCAGGUGUCUCUUCCUCAUUCUGUUGGUGACUGUUUAUUUCACCAGGCUCAGAUGGUCCCUCCUUGGUCUGCAGCUCUUCAAUGUUUGCAUCCUGCUGGACCCCCAUCUCUGGUGCUUGCAGUGUCUCUUUCCGUAGCUGCUCACGUUCGUCUAGCAGAGCGUGCAGUGUUUGUCGGUGUAACAGAUG